AUGAGAGAUGCUGCAGUGGUGUGUAGAGAGCUGGGCUGUGGAGACGCUGUAGAUGCACUGUAUUUUUCUGACAUUGGACCAGGAUCAGGAUCAGGACCAAUCUGGAUGAAUAAUGUGGGCUGUAGUGGAUCAGAGUCUGCACUGAAGAACUGUAGUUCAGCAGGAUGGGGUAAUCAUUCUAGCUGUGAUCAUUCUAAAGAUGUUGGAGUCAUCUGCUCUGGAAAUUCUGUUUAUGAUGCUCCAGGAGUCAGGCUAGUUGGUGGUUCUCGCUGCUCUGGGAGGGUGGAGGUGCUUCAUGGAGAGACCUGGUCCACAGUGUGUGAUGCUGACUUUGACCAGCAGGAUGCAGAGGUUGUGUGUCAAGAGCUGGGCUGUGGGCUUCCUGUGGAAGUGCUGGGAGCAGCUGCUUUUGGCAGAGGGGAGGGUCAGGUGUGGUCAGAGGCGCUUCAGUGUAGAGGCAACGAGUCUCAGAUUCACUUCUGUCCAACAUCAUCUUCACUCAAACACAACUGCUCCCAUGACAGUGAUGUGGGACUGGUGUGUGAUGUUAGUGUGAGGCUGGUGGAUGGUGGUAGUCGCUGUACUGGGAGAGUGGAGGUUCUUCACAGAGGACAGUGGGGGACUGUGUGUAGUGAAUAUUGGGAUAUGAUUGAUGCUGCAGUGGUGUGUAGAGAGCUGGGCUGUGGAGAUGCUGUAGAUGCACUGAGUGAUGCUCACUUUGGACCAGGAUCAGGACCAAUCUGGAUGAAUUAUGUGUACUGUGGUGGACCAGAAUCUACACUAAAACACUGUAGAUUACCAGGAUGGGGUGAAAAUAACUGCAAUCAUUCUAAAGAUGCUGGAGUCAUCUGUUCAGGUAUGUUGGUGUCGACAACGAUUUAAUCAGAUACAACUUAAAUGUAUGUAAACAUGUUUGGAAUAUAAUUACUGACUGUAUCUCAUUUGUUGCUAUGUACAAUUUGUCAGCCACCCUUUGCCUCUUCCAUCAGUGGAAAUGGACCACUGACCUUCAACGACUUGAUAUUGCUUGGUGGGAGAAUCAUUCUAAUUGAUGCAUAGUAGUGGCAUGGUAGUGUGUAUUGUGCUAUUGAAAUUUCAUUAAGCAUAGCAGCAUUGCUGUUUUUUGAAAACUACAUACUUACUACUACCUUAUUAGUCUCAUACCCUAUGUUUGGGUGUGUGUUAUAAAGCACCUUAUAUUUCAGUAUUAAGGGUACCGCACAGAGAAUCAACCAUUAUAUAGGAUGUUAGAAUUGUCAGAAUUGCACCAGUGUGCAGGAACUUUGAUUCCCUGAAAUUCAUUCCUGUAAAAACAAAUAAACUAGUGAGCACUGACUAUGAUCAGUAUAUAUUUUAUAUUGGCUGUAU